AUGGCAGCACCGCCAGCGCAAACCCUCACCGAGGACGACAUUUACCGCACAUCUACCCAGUUCCGUCUCUGGUCCUUCAGCGAGUCUGCUCUCCUUUCUCUCCGCCAAAAUACCCAUGAAGCCGCCGUCCAACAAGCUCGAACAUAUCUACCCGAGUCUUCUCUGGCAUCCCUACCUUCAGCACAAGAUGAGCUUCGACUAGUACAGCGCUACUGCGACCAGGUCCGCAACACUUCCGACUUCUUCCAAUGGUCUGUUAAUGUCAAGGCCACUGCCGUCCAAUACCUCAAGCGCUUCUACACCACAAAUUCCGUCAUCACAUACCCACCCAAGGAAAUCUACAAGAGUGUUUUGUUCCUGGCGAGCAAGACCGAGGGUGUACACAUGACUCUUUCCGAAUACGCCAGACGCAUAAAGACAGAUCCUAAAGACGUGUUGGCUCCUGAGUAUAAAAUUAUUCAAGCGUUGCGAUUUACACUCGACGUACGGCAACCUUUUCGCGCGUUGAAGGGUUGUCUGAUGGAUCUCUUGAACCUGGCAGCAGGCAAUGGCGCACCCCUUCCUUUCCUCUCCACAACACCCGAACACCUUCAACAGCAAAUGUGUGCAUUACCGCCUCCACCCCAAGGCUCAAGAACACAAUGGCAGCCUCCNCAAUCCAUAGGCGCCAAGGAAGCUUCAGACAGAGCCCACUGCGCCUACGCCGUCGCCCGCCAUAUCCUGGACGCACCCGCCUUACUCACAGACGUCUAUUUCCUCUUCACCCCUCCGCAGAUCUAUCUCGCAGCACUAAAACUCAGUGAUCCUGUAUUGUUUACUUUUUACCUGAGCACCAAGAUCGCCGCCACAGCUGCUGCCCACGAUAUCAUAGUGUCUACAAUCGCACGCUGUGCAGACAUGCUAGCCAGUUUCGACCCCAAAGCCGUAAUGAGCAAAGACGAACGAGCGAACCUGGAAGCCACACUGGAGCAAGUGAGGGACCCCGGAACAAAAGAUUUGGUGAGCAGACAUGAGGAAGCCAAGAGAGGUGGAUUGGGAGUUGGAGAGGUAGAUGAGCAAAAAGCCGAGAGGAAGAAGUUGGCGAGAGAAAAGAGUUUUAGAGAGGGAGAGGAUUUGUUUGGGCCUGCUUUGGUUGUGCAGCAGAAGGGUUGA